GCGGGGCGGAGUUGUUGCCAUAAAGUGAGCGCCUGGAGUGAUAGAGCGGCGGAGCGUGGUAGAGGGUACGGGCGGGUGGUGCAUGGCGCUUGGGAAGGGGUGGCUCCGUGGGAGAAGAGGAGAAAAAACACUUGUUAGCGCUCGGUUGUUUCCCCGCCAUAGAGUUCAAUGGCGGAUGCUGGGGUUACUGGCGGUGGCGAGAUAGAGCUGGAGCAGCUUCAGCGGACGGAGAAGAACGACAGGGGCCUCCUCGCUGUGGAGAGCAGCAGCGCAGCAGCAGCUGAGGACGGCACACAAAAUGGCGGCCGCUCUGAUGCUACCGCUGAGGAGGCGCUGCUGGUGGCUGCUACAGAAGACCAGGCCCCCCCAAAUCUCAGCAGUAGCCAGCGGAAGAACAGCGUCUCCACGGCACAUGAGCAGCAGCAGCAGCAGCCACAACAAACCAGCGACGUGUUGGGGGGUCCUCCCCCUCUCCCCAAGCCCCCUGAAGAUCUGCCUAUUAGGAGGAAUUUUCAGAUCCCCAGGAAGAGCAGAGAAAAGAAAGCACUCUUUCAGCCAGUAGCUAUGGGAUCUCGAGAGUUUGAAGAUGUUGUGAAAAUUUUGCAUUCAUCUUAUUUGGAGUCAGGUUCGAUGGCCAAUUUCAAUUACAAAAGAGCCAGCUUAAUCCAUAGUGAGCUGUUGGAAAAGGAGUUCACAGAAAAACGCAGAGAACUGAAAUGUGAUGGUCGCAUAGAAAAAGAGCUUGUUGAAUCCUAUGCGUUUCUGAUGGUUGAUCGACCUCAGGUGCAAAAUAUAUGUGAAAAAGGGCUACAGGUGGGCCAUUCCAAAAUAACAAUUCUUGGCAGCCCUUCCAUGGGUGUGUAUCUCUCCAGAUAUGCUGACUUAUUACAGGCCAAUCCCCUGGAAGUUGGAGCAACUGGUGACGUGAUUAUUUUUAAAAUAAUAAAGGGAAAAAUGAAAAGCGUAUAUGACCACAUGGGUGUGAAAACAAUGGAAUCAACAGUUAAAAGUGCAUUAGAUCCAACACCAAAGCAUGAGUGCCAUGUUUCAAAGAAUGCUAAUAAAGUAAAUUCCUUGUUGGCUUAUAGAGCUUAUGAGCUUACUCAGUACUACUUUUAUGAAUAUGGCUUUGAUGAAAUAAGACGAAGACCAAGACACGUGUGUCCAUAUGCUGUUGUUUCAUUUGCUUAUAAGGAUGAAAUGGUACAAGUACCAAAGUUUUUGCCCCCAUCAAGGUCAAACAGCUUUAAUACAGACAGAAGCACAGAUAAGACUAAUUACACCUUAUGGAGAGGUCAGCUUUUGAAUAAAGGGAAGCUUUUAUGCCAUGCUGCUUUGAAAUCUGCAACACGCCCUUUCCUUCCAUGUAAACUUCCUGAGAAGCUUAACGUUGAAACUGUUAUGAGCAUUGAUUCACUAAAGAAGAAAAUUGCACCAGCAUUGUUCUAUAAAGAAACUUAUCAAGGGGCAAAAGAAGUGUGCAAGAGUGGAAUGUACUGUAGCCUUUAUGAGGUUGUGGAAAAGACAAGGUCUGGAAGUAACUUGGAAGGCUUACUGCAAAAACUAGAGAGAGAGAAAUUAGUUCUUGUUAAACCACUUGGGGACAGAGGAUCUCUCUUCCUUCUUUCUCCUUGGCAAAUGACAUCCCCAUAUGAGCACCAAACUGGAAGGUCCCGCAUUCUGCAGGCAUUGUUUCUAUUUCAGGAACCUAGAGGUAUAGUGACUUCAACACAAAAAACUGUUCCCUUCACAGCACAGAAAAGUUCAGCUACAUCAGUACUGCAGGAAAACCAUGAGAUUAUGCCAAAGCUCAUGAAGUUCAUUCAGUCACUACACUUCGCUUUAAUUCAGUCUCGUAAAGACACUACUGCAGACUUCAAUACUGUUGUGGAAAAGCAUAUAAAUGAAUAUUUGAAGCGAAGCGUUAGUGGGUCUAGCAAAUAUAGGGAAUUUGUAUUAUACCCUUAUGAAUCACGGCUAGAUGACAGAAAAUUUCUAUAUCCUGCUCCAAAAAACAAAUCCCAUAUUGACAGCUGCUUGCGUAAUUACAUCUUUGGUGCUGAAGCCUAUCAACUGCCUGUUUCUAAAGCAAAAGAAUUAAUGGAGGGAAAUCAGAAAGUUCAGCAGUUCAGUCCUGUUUCAGAUUAUGAACCCCCAGAAGAAGAAACUGACUUCGCAAAUGCAAAAACUGGGAAACGAAAUGGUUCUAAGUGUGAUGGUGCUGCUGCCAAGCAAAAACCCCUUCAUCCUGGGGACUAUGAUCCUGAUAGACUCAAAGAGUUGAUUAACUUAAUUCAGUGCAAGAAAAAAAAUGUAGGUGGAGAAUCUGAUACAGAAGACACUAGAAACAAAAGUGGACUGAAGCGAAGACUACACAGUCACUCUGAAAAUCUGCGGAAGCACUUAAAAAUGAGUGAAUCUUCAGAAAAUAAUUGCCAGUAUGAAGGAGGAAGAACCUCAGAAUCGCCACAGUCUGUUUUCUCAAUAAUUACCGGUCUUGGGGGACGUGAUACUGACUUGAGACAACAAGAUGUAUCCGACCCUGCAGUUACAGACACGCAUGGUCUCAUUAAGUUGCUCUUAGAAACACUAGCUAGUGCAGGACACUUGGAUUCAUCAUUGGCACGGUCUGUAAACCAAGCUUUAGGAUUGGACACUGAUGAAAUAGAGGAUUUAAGGCUAAAACAUGAAUAUGAAUCCAUUCCAGCACAGGAUAAGGAAGAACAUGUGCUUCCUAAUAUUGCACAAGCUGAAAAUGUAAACUUUAAGGAUCCACAUAGCCCAGUGAUGUUGGAAACUGAAGCAACAUGCUUAGCCUAUCCUACUGACGUUGACCUAAGGCUUUCUGCUAGUGAAGUAGGCAUUGACCACACAUUGCGUUUAAAAGAACCAAGUACUGGAAGUAUUAGUAGCUUUGAUGACUACAGCCCAUGUCCUAGCACUCCUAUUGAACAUGCUUAUCGCAGGCAACAUUCUAGUUCAAAUAAUAUAGGAGAGGUUGGAAUACACUGGAAGCUGAUUCCAAUUACAGGAGGGGCAGGAAGAGAUCCAGAGGAUCAACUGGAAAAACAUGGAGAUAACCAAACAGGUCUGAAAUCACCAAAAGAACAACUGGUGUAUUUACCACCAAAGGAUGCCCUUCCUAAUGACCCCCGGGUAAUAAAUAGACAAAGAAGUUCUGAUUACCAGUUUCCAUACUCUCCAUUUUCAGACAUACAAAAGGGGACAAAAGAAGAUGGACUGUAUACAAGUCAGAUGGAGAAAAAUGAAGAUCAGUGUGCACUAACAGAUCACCCUCUUGCAUCUAAGCACUCCAUGAGUGGAAUAAUAGAGUCUACGUUAUUGGAAGAAUACAAUCUCUUUGUAAAAAAGGUUCAGGAGAUUUUGCAGCAGAAGAAUAUUGCAUAUGUGAGUGGAAUGUCCACUCCUGUCUUUUCAGCCCAAGAGAGGGUAAUGAGACUUUCUAAAUACAUAUGUUUACAGGCCUUAGAUGUCUCUGUCCAAGAGUAUAUAGAGAGGCUGAGUGAAAAGCUGAAUAAUGUUGCUCUGUCAUCUUCAUGUGGUAGGCAUACUCCACCUCUUAAUUCUAGUCCCGAUCCAGCAAGAGAUGCUGUAACUGAGGCUGAAUUGAAUCCUCUGCCAGAACAGGGUGUAUCUGUUUCAAGUGACUCUGACAAUGCACUGUUACCAGAACCACCGAGUAACAGUAUUGUGGAGGAGCCAAACUGUAAUGAGCAGCAUUCAUCAACAAACUUAACCAUAGUGAAAGAGGAAAUGGACCAUGUUAGUGCCACCACAGAGGCUUUACUGACAUCUGAUAAGAACACUUCCAGUGAUGAUCCACUGGAGCCACCAGAAAAGACUCAGAAAUCGCCAGAUAACUUAAACAUUUCAACCCAACCAGCACUCUCGGAUUUUAUAAGCCAGUUAAAACCUGAAGUAUUCAACAGCUUGGUCAAAAUAAUUAAAGAUGUACAGAAGAACACUGUGAAAUUUUACAUUCAUGAAGAGGAGGAAAGUACCCUCUGCAAAGAAAUACAGGAAUACCUUACAAAAUUAGGUAAUACAGAAUGCCACCCAGAACAGUUCUUGAAAAGAAGAGCUACUUUAGACAAACUAUUGAUAAUUAUUCAAAAUGAAGACAUUGCCUGCCUCAUCCAUAAGAUACCUGGUUUAGUAACUCUGAAGAGGCUUUCAUGUGUCAGCUUUGCUGGUGUUGAUAGCUUGGAUGAUGUGAAAAACCACACAUAUAAUGAAUUGUUUGUGUCUGGUGGUUUUGUUGUGUCUGAUGAAUCUGUUCUUAAUCCAGAGUCUGUCACAGUUGAUAAACUUAAAAAUUUCCUAAAGUUUCUUGAGGACCUCAGUACACCUGAUGGGAAAUGGCAGUGGAAAGUCCACUGUAAAAUACAAAAAAAACUCAAGGAGCUUGGGAGAAUGAAUGCUAAAGCCUUGAGUCUGCUGACACUUCUGAAUACCUAUCAGAAGAAACACAUGGUUGAGAUUCUGUCAUAUCAUAACUGUGACUCUCAAACACGAAAUGCUCCAGAAUUAGACUGUCUUAUCCGACUUCAGGCUCAGAAUAUACAACAAAGACAUGUUGUCUUCUUAACAGAAAAGAAUGUCAAAACAUUUUCAAAUUAUGCUGAUAAUGGAAUAGUAGUUGCUACAGUUGAUGACUUUAUGCAAAACUUCAAAAAUCUCGUUGGCUACCAUAAUUCAAUUACUGAAGAAAACAACCUUCCUUCACCUGGUGUUCCUGAAAGACAAUCAGUUCUUGUAGAAAGCGAUGAAAAGGAUGAGGAAGAUAUGUCUUUGGAUUCAGGGGAUGAAACAUCACAAAUAGAAAUCUGCAGUGAUGCCUCAAAGUAUGAUUCUCAUUCAGAAGCUUUGCAGACAGAGACCAAAGGCUCACAUGGAACAGAUUCAAAAGAAAAAACUCAAACUGAUAUGCAGCUGUCUUCUGAAGGACAAACUGGAUUGAUGGAAAAAACUUCUAAACUUGUUUUGGAGGAGAUACAGCCAAUAACUCCUGUUUCUACAGCAUGCUCUGCUGAAGGAGACAAAAACAAUUCAGUAGAGCAAGUUCCUUUCAACAACUUUCAGGUUUACAGUAGACAAUUAAGUAUGUCCCAUCAGUUCAGUCAUUUUAAUGUUCUCACUCAUCAGACUUUUCUGGGAACAACAUACCCAAUUUCCACAAGUCAAAACCAAGAAGGUGGAAAUUAUUUUCUGUCUGCUUACAGUCAGAGCAUGGAUACAGACAAGUCGUCAUCUCCUAGUAAUUGGGAUGUAAAUUGUGAAUCUUCCAGGCCAUAUUCAAAAUAGAAAUAAACACAAAACUAAAACUUUUUAUAGGUUUGUUGUGGACUUCUUUUUGUUUCUAAAAAAGGUGAAUUAACAGUUUCUAUUUUAUUCUCUGAGCAAAAUGUUUCUUGUCAUUUAACUCAAAUGUUUCCGUCUUAUUUAAAUCAUGAUGGCCUGUACCAGUUGAAGCAUCUGAAAAUUGAAAUAAAUAUAUAUUUUUUAACAUUUAUUGUAUUUGAAUUAUCUUGUUUUGUUGGCACUUUUAAGUUUUUACAUUUGUAUUUGACCUGUACUUGGGCUUCAGUUUGAAGUCUGUUUUAAUGUAAAACUGAAUGUUUGCCUAAAGCAUGUGAAAUAGCAAAGCUUCAUUUUUUAAGUAAAUUGUAAUAGAGUAUCCAAGCCACUUGUCUUUAAAUGAAUAUAAAAACUGUUAUGUAUUUAUUUGACAUUGGACACACAUUUUUGUACAAAAUGUUUUUACAUAGCGAUAAGGCAGUGUAGUUAUUUUAAUGAAAAAAUAUAUAUAUAUAAUACUGGAUUUUGGCUAAAUACCUCAAUUAGAGUAACCAAUGGUGCAGUUCCAUUUAAAAAAAAAAAAUAAACUCUUCAUGCACAUGGGA